CCGCCAGGACGUGAGAGAAGCGGCGACGCAGCACGGUGCGGCGUAGCUCCGGCUCCCCUUUCCCCCUUGCUGGGCGAGAGGUGUCUAUGGGGCACCCGCUGCCGCCGCCGAUACCGCCACCGCCACCGCCGCCGCGUGCUGUCUCUAUGGCGAGGAGGAGGAGGAGGAUCGCAAGCUCAGAGACACAAGUACAUAAAUAAAGGAUAAAGUAAUUUUUGAAACAAGUCUUCAAUCAAGUGUAACAUUUUGAUGCUUGACGUCUAGAUUCCUUUGUGCUCUCACUAUGCCAGCAGCAACUGUAGAUCAUAGCCAAAGAAUAUGUGAAGUUUGGGCUUGUAACCUGGAUGAAGAGAUGAAGAAAAUUCGUCAAGUUAUCCGAAAAUACAAUUAUGUUGCUAUGGACACCGAGUUUCCAGGUGUGGUUGCAAGACCAAUUGGAGAAUUCAGGAGCAAUGCUGAUUAUCAGUACCAACUAUUGCGGUGUAAUGUAGACUUAUUAAAGAUAAUUCAGCUAGGACUGACAUUUAUGAAUGAGCAAGGAGAAUACCCUCCAGGAACUUCUACUUGGCAGUUUAAUUUUAAAUUUAAUUUGACGGAGGACAUGUAUGCCCAGGACUCUAUAGAGCUGCUGACAACGUCUGGUAUCCAGUUUAAAAAACAUGAGGAGGAGGGAAUUGAAACCCAGUACUUCGCAGAACUUCUUAUGACUUCAGGGGUGGUCCUCUGUGAGGGGGUCAAAUGGUUAUCAUUUCAUAGUGGUUAUGACUUCGGCUAUUUAAUCAAAAUCCUGACCAACUCGAACUUGCCUGAAGAAGAGCUUGAUUUCUUUGAGAUCCUUCGAUUAUUUUUUCCUGUCAUUUAUGAUGUGAAGUACCUCAUGAAGAGCUGCAAAAAUCUCAAAGGUGGACUACAAGAAGUUGCAGAACAGUUAGAGCUGGAACGGAUAGGACCACAACAUCAAGCAGGAUCUGAUUCAUUGCUUACAGGAAUGGCCUUUUUCAAAAUGAGAGAAAUGUUCUUUGAAGAUCAUAUUGAUGAUGCCAAAUAUUGUGGCCAUUUGUAUGGCCUUGGUUCUGGUUCAUCCUAUGUACAGAAUGGCACAGGGAAUGCAUAUGAAGAGGAAGCCAACAAGCAGUCAUGACAUGAAAUAGACCUUUUAUUUUUAUUUUAUUUGAGCUACACACGUGCUUGUAUAUAGGUUUUAUCUCUGGUUGAAUCCCUUGAAAAACAGAUAACCCUCCCCCUUUCAAAGUCUAUUUUAUUUUCUGGCCUUUAGUACUAAGUAUGACCGUUCCUAUCUCAGAUCUUACUAAAUAGACGUACAUUCAGGUUAAAUUUGGCCUUAAUUUAAUAUACUUGUUUGCAAGCGUGUGUGACAGGGUGGGGAAAGCUACAUCGUAUUGAAUAAUUUGAUAAACUUUACCUCCUUGAGCUUGGUUUUGUUUUCCCUUUCCUAAAUUAACUAGCACUGACUGUAAUUUAUUUCCCUGUUUCAUGUCUCUCCUUUCCAUUCUGCAGUUUUAGCUAUUUGAGAUUGUGGACCAUCAAUUUUGCACUUUAGAGUGAUUUCAAUCCUCUGUUUUAUCAGAAAUUGUGGUUAGGUAGAAAAAUGGCCAUUUGCCAACUUUAUACAGUAUUUACUUGUAUCUGACCCACUGAGUAUAGCACAUGCAUUGUGCAAACUGUCGAUUCAGCAAGACUAACAGAGAAGAAGACAGGAAACUACUGAGGAGCUUAGUAACUACUGUUUGUGUAUGUAGUGUUUUAUCUUCCAAGCACAUCUAGUGUCUGCCAGUUUCUUUUGGUCAUGUGUAGACUGCCUUGUGACUGAAGAAUUUUCAAACCAGCCUUACACCUCAGGAAAAGGCCCUUACGAUUGGACAUUUAGUAUCUGCCAGAAACUGGCAUUCAAGAUUCUGAAGCUAGUUAUUUUAUGAUAGCACACAUCCCUUGAUCUUCUUUUUAUCCCAUCACUGUUUAUUCUUUUUUUAUAGCCAUACCUAUGAUUCUCUUGAUUUGUUGAUUACACAAAUCAAUUUCAUUAAAGUCCAAAGAUAGCAAGUCGUUAGGUAUGUUUUGUAUCAAAUUAAAGGACAAACAUUGUGCUUUCAUAGUUGUUAGAAUUAAUGGAAAGAUUUGGUGCAAAAUACAAAAUAUAUAUAUACACACACACAUAUAUAGCUAAUAAAAAUACCUGAGGAGUGUAAUGCUUGUUUAUUUUUUUGUGUAUAUCUUUGCAAUCUAUUUUAUAUAGUGACAAAGAGACUGUGAAAUAUUUAGCCAUGCAGAAUAUGUGACCAGGCCAGAGCAUGUGUAGGAAGACUUGCUAAUCAUUAAUUCUACCUUGAAAUGAGGGACAACAAUUUAUAAUGUGUUACCUACAAUUCAAUCAGUAAUAUUAGCAAAUCUCCAAAUGUUAGCAACAGUAGUUGGUUUCCCUUGUACAUUCUUUAUUCGUUGUAUGACAAUGCUGUAACUGGGUGGUCCUUUUUAAACAAAUUAUUUGCAAAACAGAGGGUAUUAUUUGUUUUUAAAGCUUUUGUAAAUAAAGGCUUCAGAAAUGUUUUCUUA